AUGAACGUUCUUGGUCUAGGCCGAAACACAUUGCAAAAGCUCGGUCGAUCUGCUUCGGGUGCCAACAUGUCUGUCCAAGCCCCCGACUCGCACCUUGAUGACUCGGCCGACGCGAUCAAGCCGCGUUUUGAUCGCUCAGAGAGCCACCUCACCGCGCUCACAGAGAGCACCGACGCAAUCACCCAACUUGACACACCCCUCACCACGCCUUCUGUCACCGAUCAGCAGCACAGCUUCCUCACCAUGCACCAACCUUCGAUCGAGAUCCGACGCAACUUUGUCGUCCUCAUCGACGAUCUCUCCGACCAAGACUUUGCCGAUUGCGAUCUCGAGUGCUACCUCGAGUUCCUCUCCCACGAGCGUCUGCUUCAUAUGCCGCACAAGAACUCGGCUUGGGACAAGGUCUUACGUCAGGCAGAGGAGAUCGGUGCUCAGCUCAACCACUUUUCUCAGCUGGCCGCCGAUGAGCACUCGCUCAAGACCACUUUGCUUUCCGUUCGCCUCCUGCUCGAUGUCGGCCAUCAUCAGGCAGACGCACUUCGUCCGCUCUUUGAGCUGCUCUCGCAGAUCGCGAAUCUCUUGAUGCGAUCGCUUCACCAGAGCAACCUUUACCGGGCUCAUAACACCAUCCGCUCUCUGCUCCUCUCGCUCUUCACCCGCUACAUGUCGUUGACUGCCGAGCUCACGCGCCAUGUUCGUAGUCGUAUGAGUCGUCUCUCGCCUGCCAGUUCGGAGGCCAUCGAUGUUGGAGCACUCUUUUCCGCCGCCAUCGACUCGAUCGAUCUCGAGCUUGCCCAGCUCAACAGACUCGUCUGGCGUCUCGCACUGCAACAGCAACACAAGCCUGCGCUCGUUUCCACCGCCACCAUGUAUACAGAGCUCUGUCGUACUGGUACUAACAGCCUCAAGUCCCGCCUCUUUGCAAGCCUUCAGCGACAAGCUGCAGUAGCGCCAGAGACGUGCGAGUGGUUCCAGUCUCCCUUGCUCAGCUUCCUGCGUAGCCGCGAGGACGUGCUUCAGAUCACGGGUAAGCAGGGUAGCGGUAAGUCGACGCUCGCUGUUUGGACUCAGGAGCGACUUCGCAGAACUCUGGGUCGCAAGUCGUACGAUGUGCUCCUCAUCAACGAGCACGAUUCGCACACCGAUCUCGACCUUGCCAGAUCGCUCCUCUUCCAGGUUUGGCAGCAGAGCAUUGGUGAUGUUGAGCUUCACUCUGAUCUCGCCGAUGUCCUCGUCAGGGACAAUGACGAUGACGAGCUUGCUGAUGGACUUUGGAACGUCCUCGAACGCACUUUGGCUCGCAACCAGUCUGGAAACGACAUGCUCAUCCUCGUCGAUGGACUCAACACCCGCCACGAAAAGGCGUACCAGCAUCUCCACCGUUGCGUUCAACGCAGUCCUCGCGCUCGUAUGGUCACCUUUGGCGGUGCUUUCUCCGAACACCUGCCCGACUACAAGAUCACUCGCGACGUCAAUGCCCACGACAUCGCCACGUACCUUCGACACGGUCUCACCAAGCAGUCCAUCGCUCACAACGAUGGUCUCAUCGACUCCCUGUUCGAGCGUGCUAACGGAUCUUUCCUCUGGGCUAGGCUCUACCUCGAGCUUGUUCGGCUCCACGGCGAGCACAAUCUGGAUUGCACUCACGACAUCCACGGCCUGUUGCACGAACAUGCCAAGCACCUUGGUCAGGCUGGUGAGCGUCUGUUGCAGUACAUGCUCGUAGCAAAGCGUGCACUCUGCUGGAAUGAAUUGGAAGCGCUCAUGCGACCAGAGAUACUCCAAGCCGCACGUUCCUCGCCGCACGCUUCUGUCUUCUUCCAAGAGAUUCGAGGCCACCUUUAUUUCAGACAUGCCACCAUUCGCAGCUUUGCCAAGGACCACCUCGUCAAGGACGAGCAAGACCUGCAAACCCGUAUGCUGCGCAAGCUCCUCCUCUCUGUUGCAGCCGAGUUCACCGACGUCUCGCUUCCUUGCCUCGACCUGCUGGCUGGAAAGGAGCUCGAGGCCACGCUCAACCAGGGCAAGGCAGUCGAGUACACGGUGCUCUUCUGGCAACACCACUUUGCGCGUUCCGGCCUGAGCGCCAAGGAUCUGGCUGAGUGGUUCCCGCGCUCCACUCACUUUGCUCUGCUCGAAUGGUCUUACUGGAACCACCACCGCCACUUGGCCCACCACACCGCCGGUCUCGAUGUCCGCAAGGCUUGUUUCGGAAAAGAUCACCUCUCUGUGAUGCAGAGCUACCUGGCACUCGCUUGCAUCCAUCGCGAUCACAACCAGCUCUCUGAAGCUGCCGAGUACUUCUACUACGCAUGCAGGCUCGGUCAGGAGGGUAGCUGCAUCGACCGCUUUUCGCUCAUCGUCACCACUUGCGCUUCGCUCUUCCUCGUCUGCACCGAGACGCUUGUCUGGACCAAGCGCACAGAGUUGUGCACCAUGCGAGAACACAUGAUCCGCUUCACCAUCGAGGUCUGUCGUCGCCAGCACGGAGAGCACAGCGAGCAGGUCAUCCACUUGUAUCAGAUGCUCAUCCAGCUGCUUGUCAGUAUCAAGGAUCAAGCUGCCGUGAUCGUCGUCUACCGCGAGCUGUAUCACAUCUUCCUGCAUCUGCAUGGUCCUCGUCAUGAGCGCACCAAGCACGUUUGCAACGAGAUGGCUGGCUUGGAGGUUGUCGUUCACGGCGAUAACACGGAGCUGAUUGACACGUAUGUCACUUCAAUCCUCGAGACGGUCGACGAGUACGAUGAAGAGCACGAGCAUGAGGGACACAUCAUGGUACUUCUUCGUCUCGCACGCAGUUAUGCCAAGCACACUAUUCACUGGCAUCACGCUUGUCGCCUCUACCUUACCGUCUGGCGUCGUCUCGGCGAGAAGUGCCGUCGACAGUGGUCGCUCGACAUGACGCUGCUCAAGAUCGAUGUCUGCAUCGAAUACGCCAAGCUCUUGCAUGCACACGGCCGCAUCACUGAAGCUCAUGACGUUCUCGUCGUGCUGUGGGCCGAGUUCCAGCACCAAGAGUGCCGCGAGUACAGCAUCAUCCUGAGGCUCAAGCAGCUGGGUCUAGUCCUUCGCGCCUUUGGCCUGCUCUCGAUCUGCUACGAAAUCUUUGUCAAGAUCUUUGGCUGGUUCAAAGGCUGCGGUAAGCUCGAUGACGACGAAGCACACGAAGUUACGAUUAUUGUCACCGAAGUCACGGAAGAGAUCGAGGAGAUCACUCGUAAGACAAAAACCACGACUAAGGUCACUGUCACCGAGACUGUCACUCGCGAAGUGUUUGAGACGCACUACGAGCGCUGCAUCCGGACCAAGAAGGGAGACAAGCAUCUGUACAAGGCCUGCUUGCUCCUCAUCAACCUCUUGCUCAAGUCGAACAACUACGAAGAGUGCGAGAUCGUCAUCACGCGCACUCUCGAGGUCGAGUGGUCCAACUUCCUUGAUUUCAGCAUCGACAUUUCCAUCCCGGACGAGCACGUGCUCGAGCUGCUUGUGCUUGCCGGUAAGCUCGCUCACUGCCAUCAGAAACGAGGGCACGUUGAUCACGUCGAGCGCUACUAUUUGCGCAUCUGGCAUGCUUGCCUGCACAAGUUCGAGGUUCAUCACGAGCAUGUCACGCAUGCGUUUGAGGCACUCAUCUGCUUUUACGAGGAGCACUACCGCUACGACAAGGUCAUCGCGCUCUACCUCGAUGUGCUGGUGCGCUAUCGCGAACACUGUGGCGCCGCACACACGCUCACCAUCCAGCUUCUCUACAAGCUUGCAAGGCUUUGUAAGAAGAUGGGUCGUCACGACUACAUUGAGUACUACCUCGAGAUUUUCACCGUGCUGCAAGGUCACCACGGCCACUGCCAUCGAGAAGCUUGGGAGGCUGCAUGGGAAGUUUGCGGUUGGAAGCACGACCACAGCGAAUGGGCAUCGCUCGUCGAAAUCUGCGGUACGCUCUGGCAAGUAUUCGUUCACGGAGGUCACGAGCACGGACACCAUCAUCACGACUUCUUCACUCCCGAAGUCAUCCUUGUGCUGUAUGAGCGAUACACCAAAGGUCUCGAGGUGCACGUCGGCUUCCAUUUCGAGGAACACUACAAGCUCACGAUCGAGUUUCGCGAUGUCAUCAAGCUUCGCUACGGUGUCGACCACUCGUUGCUCAUUCGAGCCCUGAUUGCCCUCGCUGAAGUGUGCGAGUACAAGGAAGAGCACCACCACGAGGCAGUGACUCUGUACGAGGAAGUCAUCACGCGCACUCGUACCGUGACUGUCGAGACCAUCACCGAGGAGGAGAUCACUGUGGUCAAGAAGCGCUUGACCAAAGUGUACGUACAGAUCAUCGAAAAGGGCGGCCACCACGGUCACGCUGAGCUCGGCGAUAAUGCUCUCCGCAUCUGCAUGGAAGUCUACCUUGAGCUCAAGAAGCAGCACGGCUGCUGGCACGAGCUGACGCUGUCUGCUCUUGAGCGGGUUGUACUGAUCCACUUUGCUAUCGGAGGCGAUCACCACCACCACUCGAUGCUCGUCCUCAUGCAGACCAUCGUCGUCGAGGUGCUCCAACACUGCACCGAAUCGAUGCUGCUGUACAAGGCUGCCGUGCAUAUCGCCAAAAUCCUCGUGCGCAUUGAGCUGUCCACCUGGGCCGAGAAGCUGCUGUGCAAGCUGCACCAUCUCAUCGUACUGCCAGGUCUGCCUUGCGAGCACGACUUUGACAUCGAGUGGACUCACGCUCACAGCGACGAUUUCAGCAAGAUCUCGCUGGUCUUUAUCGUCGCCUGCUUGCACAGGUUGGGACACUACGAGCACCGAUCGUACUCGGAGGUCAUGGCGGCGGUGUUAUUGGAGAUGCAGCUGUACCGUUCGUUUGUGCACGUGUCGAGCUACAAGACGGUCGACAUGGUGGUUUUGUUGCAGGCUGGUGCGCGAUUGCACUGUUUCUGGCACGCGCUGGGUCGCACUGCGCUGUGCAGUAGCAUUCUCGACCAGAUGCUGGUUCACUUCCGCGCUUCAGAGCUGGGCAGCUGCGUGGGCGAUGAGGUGUCGGACGAGGUGGUCCUGGUGCUGCUCCAAUCGCUGCAUUCUCACACGGAUGGAGAGAAGCGCAUCACCGACGUGGCCAAGGUUGUCUGUCACGCAAUUAACCACAAGGUCGAAGCCUUGCUGGAGAGUGGCGAAUUCUCCAUGGCUCACGAACUCGCCAAGUGUGGACUCAAGCUUGCACGCCACCACCGCCACUACCACAUGCACGUCUCGUUGGGCUACAAGCUGGCCGAAUACAUGGCUGGGAUCCAUGUGCCCGUCACCACGAGCAAGAAGCUGGGCAAAGCGAUGCGCACCACGUCGCGAGCCAUCACGGACGAGGUGCUGUAUGCUCUACGUCAGUCUUCGAUCGAACUGCUGUCGUUGCGGUUCCAAGACAUCCAAGGCCUCGUGUAUCUGCUGGGAGUACAGUCCAACUUUGCAGAACUGGAAACGCUGCUCCUGCAGCUCUGGCGUUCGCGCGAAGUGCAGCGCAACUGGUCUGCCGAGACUGUGUUGUCGAUUGGGCAUUCGCUGGUGCAUGCGCACGUGGCUGCGGAUCAUCUGGACCAGGCUAUCGCGUUGUGCGACCGGCUGUGCUACAACCUGCGCCACUCGGGCGACGGUCUGGACGACCAGGCGGUCGAAGCGAGCCAGCUGCUGGCCCAGCUGUACACCAAGAGCGCAAGACACGACCGCGCCAUGCGAGUGUACGAAGAGGUCUUGCGCGAAGUCGACGAAGACGGAUCGCCCGAGCUGUUCGACAAGUGGGCAGGCAAGCACUUGGGCCUGAUCAGGUGUUCGUACGGCAGGAACCGUGGGUUCGCCAACAACGCCGCGACGUACAGGGAUUUGUUCGCUUCGCUUGAGGCGAGGGGGCUGGAGUGCAAGCACGAAGAGUGGGAGCUGAACUCUGCGGAUCAGCUUGGCGGGGCCGAGACGGGUGGCUAUGCGGCUCCUGACAAGUGGUUCCUCAUCCGCGCUGCUAGCGUCCAAGGCAGUGAGAAAGUCGACGCUCACGGACACGUUCAUGAACAUGCCAAGCAUGUCAACAAGCCUGGCAAGUCUGGCAAUGGUUCUGUCACGAGGAAGGGACGUGACUCGCUCUCGCGUAUCGCCUCGCGACGAUCGCGCGGUUGCCAGUUGGUCGCAGAGAUCGUUGUCUGA